AUGGGUUCGGGGAGAGCUUCUAACUUGAUAGUUAACAGUGAGUUGCGUCCGCAAUCAGAGAAGCCACGACAACGGAGUAUGUCGAUUGCUCUUAGCAGGCUUCGGAGUCCAGGUGAUUUAAAAAUCGUCCCUACGAACCAUGAAGUGAAAGAAACUGAAACUUCUACAAUGGUAACCAGGACAAACGGAGUUCAGACUCAAAAUCAAUCAGCCAUUGAAACUCUUCAA